CAAUGCCAAUGAAAUACCACCCACAUACAGUGCCCCCUCUUAUCUAUCAACAAAGGCUAUCCCUACAGGAAGAUGAAAAUGAAGGUUCUUGCAUGGCUUCUCAUCAUCUUGUGUGCUCAAGUCCUAUCAAGCUUGGCUCAUGAAAAUUCUUUUACUUCAACAGUUAACAAAGAACUUGACAACUCAACACGCCUAACGCGAGAACAGGACAUUUAUGCUGCGAAUGGAGAAAAUGAGUUGGAGCAUGGAAUGGGCAAUUCAAGCAAGGUACAGGGAGGGAAGGGAUCUUAUGGUGGUGCAAAUAUUGUUCGCCGCCCACAACCAUCUAAAUCAAGUGCAGUGCCUUUGUUAAAGAGGCCUUCUUUCGUCAUCUCAACCUUGAUUUCAUGCAUCAGCUUCGGUUCACUCCUUGCUCUCUUCUGAUCUCUGCUGCUGGUUUAAGAUUAAUUGCCCGUGACGGUACUGAAUAAUGCUAGAAUGGUUUCUUUUUCCCUGCAAAUUUGCCAAUCUGUUCCCUUGUGCUCUAAUAGGAGUUAGAUAAAUUAAGUUGCAUUUCACUGGGAUUAUAUUUGUUGAACCAUUCAUGUAAUUUUAGUGUGUGGAAUUAAUGUAGAAGUUUUUGCUUUAAAGGCUGAGGAAGUCAAUAA